AUGACGGACCAAAGAGCAAAAGAAAUUCACUAUCCGUGCAACUACUCAGAUGGCAAUUUUAACAUUGCAAUUGAUAUUGGUGGUAGUUUAGCUAAAGUUGUGUUUUCGCCCUAUGGAAGCGAGCGAUUGAUGUUUCAUACUAUUGAGACGGAACACAUUGAUAAAUUUAUACGAUUGUUGCAUUCUAUAGUGGAAAAUUACCACAGUGGUGAGUACAGUACUACAAGAAUACUCGCUACUGGUGGCGGAGCAUAUAAGUUUCAUGAACUUUUACAGGAGGAAUUUUCUGCAAUCAACGCGAUAGUACGCCUUGACGAGAUGGAAUGUCUCAUCAAAGGAUUAGACGCUUUCAUACAUGAAGUGCCCGAUGAAGUGUUUACAUACAAUGAUCAGGACGGCGCCAAGAAUGUGACACUGCCUAGAGAUGCCACAGACCCUGCAAGUAUUUAUCCCUAUUUGCUUGUCAAUAUAGGCUCUGGCGUUUCAAUCUUGAAAGUUGACGAACCGGGGCAGUUCAAAAGAGUUGGCGGAUCCUCACUUGGCGGUGGAACUCUGUGGGGGCUAUUGAGCUUGAUAACAGGUGCACAGACAUAUGACCAGAUGUUAGAUUGGGCCCAUGUAGGCGACAACACUAACGUUGACAUGCUGGUUGGAGAUAUCUACGGUACAGAUUAUAAUAAGAUAGGACUGAAAUCUUCAAAUAUAGCAAGCUCCUUUGGAAAGGUAUUUCAGAAGAGAAGAAAUUCAGUUACUAGUAAUAGGCCUCGUUCAUCUUCCACAGCUUCUAAUAAUAUAGCAUUAACCACAUCACAGACUGACAUUGCAUUACGAAAUAAGAAAUUUAAGAACCCUGAUGUUUGUAAAAGUUUACUGUUUGCCAUUUCAAAUAACAUUGGACAAAUUGCCUAUUUGCAAGCAAAGAUUCAUAAUGUGCAAAAUAUUUAUUUUGGCGGUUCCUACAUUAGAGGGCAUCUUACAACGAUGAAUACACUAAGCUUUGCAAUCGAUUUUUGGUCCCAAGGCAAUAAGCAGGCUUUUUUUCUCAAACAUGAAGGCUAUCUUGGUGCCAUGGGAGCAUUUUUAAGUGCUUGA